ACAUUUUGUUAGGGUUUUGUAUCUCCUCUUCUACACGGUGUUUUUUCCGAAACCAAUUUCAGAGAGACCUCGAGCCUCCAACUUCUCUCCUGCGCCAACUCCUUCAGCCCCAACCAUCUUCCAGUCGAUUUCUUCUUGACUCCGCCAGCCUCUCUCACUCAGUCCGUUCCUGUUAAUUUUAACGACAACGGUUCAAGUCGAACCAGAACACGCCCUGCCUCUCUUUUCCAUUUUUUUUCUCCAGUCGCGACAACUCUUCGCCUCUUCUCACGGUCUGGCGACGCCAAGCCGAGUUCCUCCAUUGUCUCCAGCUGAGUUUUGAGUUAUCAGUGUGAAGGCUUAGCAUCACUUUGGAAAGGCAUUCUUCCAGAAUUCUGAGGAUAGCUGUGAAGUUGAACAGAGACCUGACCUGCAGAAGCUGCCUCGCCGAUCUCCUUUGCUUCUACAAUGAACCUCUCCUCCCUUGCAACCCUAGACUCCAAUCUACUCUCCACCCCUCGAUGCAGGGCCUUCAAAGCCCACUUUCGGACCCAUGUUUCACAUUCGAGAAACAUUGUUGUCUGCUCCUUCAAUCCUCAAGCUGCGUCAUCACUCAGCGUUGUUGAGUCCGCUGCCCAGAAGUCUAGUCGAAUUGACUCAUUGAGUCAGGUAUCUGGUGUGUUAGGCUGCCAGUGGGGUGACGAAGGUAAAGGCAAACUGGUAGACAUCUUGGCCCAACACUUCGAUAUAGUUGCUCGUUGUCAGGGUGGAGCUAAUGCUGGGCAUACCAUCUACAAUGCAGAGGGGAAGAAAUUCGCCCUUCACCUUGUGCCUUCUGGUAUUUUGAACGAGGAGACUAUGUGUGUCAUUGGAAAUGGAGUUGUGAUCCAUCUUCCUGGGUUUUUCAAAGAGAUUGAUGGGCUCAAAUCAAAUGGGGUCUCCUGCGAUGGAAGGAUAUUGGUUUCUGAUCGUGCCCACCUGCUAUUUGAUUUCCAUCAAGAGGUUGAUGGGCUUAGAGAAGCUGAGCUUGCCAAGUCUUUUAUUGGAACUACAAGGAGAGGGAUUGGACCUUGUUACUCCAGCAAGGUUAUUCGAAAUGGCAUUAGAGUAGGUGAUCUGAGGCACAUGGAUACUUUCCCUCAGAAGCUUGAUGUUUUGUUAUCAGAUGCUGCAUCAAGAUUCCGAGAUUUUAAAUAUAGCCCUGAAAUGCUCAAAGAAGAGGUCGAGAAAUACAAGAGGUUUGCUGAGAGGUUGGAACCAUUUAUUGUUGAUUCUGUGCAUGUAAUGAACGAAGCAAUCUCAGAGAAGAAGAAGAUUUUGGUCGAAGGUGGUCAAGCAACCAUGCUGGAUAUCGACUUUGGAACAUACCCUUUUGUAACUUCUUCUAGCCCAUCAGCUGGUGGAAUUUGCACUGGUCUUGGAAUUGCACCUAGAGUUUUAGGUGAUCUUAUUGGAGUGGUAAAAGCCUACACUACUAGAGUUGGCUCUGGUCCAUUCCCUACCGAAAUCUUGGGUCAAGGGGGUGACCUUCUCAGGUUUGCUGGGCAGGAGUUUGGCACAACUACCGGUCGUCCUCGCCGUUGUGGUUGGAUUGACAUAGUUGCUCUCAAGUACUGCUGUCAGAUUAAUGGUUUUUCUUCACUCAAUCUCACCAAACUUGAUGUGUUAUCCGAUCUUCCUGAAAUUCAGUUGGGGGUCACAUACAAGCUAGUUGAUGGCACACCAAUCAAAUCGUUCCCAUCCGACCUUCGUCUCCUUGAGCAAUUGAAGGUGGAGUAUGAAGUAAUGCCUGGAUGGAACACUGAUAUAUCUUCAAUUAGAAACUAUUCUGAUCUGCCAAAGGCUGCUCGUGAAUAUGUGGAAAGGAUAGAAGAACUUGUGGGCAUUCCAGUUCAUUACAUUGGUGUUGGGCCUGGAAGAGAUGCCCUAAUAUUCAAAUGAGUACAUUAUUAUUUAUCUCUUUAGCCGCUAGAUCGCUAGAUGAUAUCAAAUUCUAUUAGAGAGAACCUGAGGUUUGGAGAUUUUUAUCCCUAUAAAUUAAGGGAUGGUUUCAAUUAACUAAAAUUUGGCCAAGAAAUUUCUUGGUCAUAAUAAUACCAACUCAGGGCAACUAUUUGAUUUUA